UCUUGUUCCACCACACUCUUACUUCGAACUAUAUCUUAUAAUUAAUGGACAUGGAGUCGGAUCCCGCAACCAAGCUCAGCACCGAAGCAAAGGCGGCCCAACGCAAGAGCAGAACGUUCAUCCUGCUCUUGAACUGCUGCCUCCUCAUCGUCGGCCAGGUCGCCGGCCCGAUCCUCGGCCGGAUGUACUUCCUCCACGGCGGCAAGAAGCUCUGGCUCUCCGCCUGGACCAACACCGCCGGCUUCCCCAUCCUCAUCAUCCCCAUCGCCAUCUCCUACAAAGCCCACCAACGGCCCAAUAAAGAAGCCCACCGCCGCCGUUUCCUCCCCAGCAACUGGCUGCUAGGGUCCAGCGUCCUGCUGGGCCUCCUCCUGGGCCUCACCGUCUACCUCUACGCCUUCGGCACGGCCUACCUCCCCGUCACCGUCAUCUCCCUCGUCAGCUCGUCGCAGCUCGCCUUCACGGCCGUCUUCGCUUGGUUGAUUGUGAAGCAGAGGUUCACGCACUACUCGAUAAACGCCGUCGUUCUGAUGACGUUCGGCGCCGUCGUUUUGGGGCUCCACAUGGGGGAAGAUGUGCCGAGGGGCGAGCCCGUGGGGAUAUACGUGCUGGGUUUCUUGAUAACGAUUGCUGCCGCUGUUUUCCAUGGUCUGUUUUUGACGUUGGUUGAGUACACUCGGGCUCGAGCUGGGGUUCCAUUAACGUUCGACGUCGUCAUGCAGCUUCAGUUCGUGAUGUCGAUGGUCGCCACGAUGUUCUCCACCGUGCCGAUGAUCAUCACCGGGGGAUUUCAGACUAUGCCGGAAGAGGCGGCGGAGUUCGACCUCGGGGAGACCAAGUACUACCUGAUCAUCUUUCUGGCGGCCAUAGCUCUCCAAGUGAUGAUCAUCGGUGUUUUCGGAGUGGUGAUGAGCUCGUCCUCCCUGUUCGGCGGGAUCAUGACCUCUCUCAUGGUCCCCGUUCAGCAAGUCUUCGCCGUCAUCUUCUUGCGGGAAGGGUUCAAUGCGGAGAAAGGGAUGGCGUUGGCGCUGUGCCUCUGGGGAUUCGCGUCUCACCUGUACGGAGGUUACAAGACCUCCUCGGAGAAGAAGGACGUCGGCGGCGACGACGAGUCGUCGGUGGCCGCCACGAGAAUGAUCAGUUGAAGAGAAGGAAAAAGGUGGUUGGAGAGAGAUUGGAAUGGAAAUGUGACAGUUGUUUGUGCUAGCUAUCUAGUGUUACUUUUGCAUGUCGCUGUGUUAUAAAAUAUGUGGUAUCUACUGCCUCGUUAGAAAGUCGGUCCAGACCACCUUCGUUAAAGCACAUUUCAAAAGUGUUAUGGAAAGAAUUAAGGAAACAAAUUUCUUUCAUAAAUAAAGUAAAGCAGCAAAUUUUU